AUGUGUGUGUUUUAUUUCACAGAUCUGCUCAUAUUUUGUCAAGCAGCAGAGACUUUAACAGAUCAACCAACAGAUUUGGCUCAAACUGUGACUAUAAACUGUGAUUUUGAUGUACAGGAGGUUAACUGGUUAUUACUGAAACUACCAGAUUCCCCGGUUCUGAUAUUACUCUCUUCUACAACUUCAGCUACUUUUUACUACAAUAAAACAUUUAAACACAAAUAUUCAGUGCAAAGUAAACAUCGUCUGUUCAUAAACAAUGCCACUCUUGAUGAUUUAGGACUUUAUUACUGUGUGACCACAGAUGCACCUCCAAAAUACAGCAGCGGCACCAGACUGUACAUCACUGUGGUGAAGAUAAUUGAUCAGAAUCACUGGCAGAUUAUUAGUCUGAUAUCUGCUCUGUUGAAUGGUGUUCUGAUCAUUGUGAUCAUAGGACUAGUAAAGGUGUUUGUUCUUGGAAGCAAGAGAACCAGAGACAACUUGAAACAUUCUCAAGAUACACACCUACAACAGCCUCAAGCUACGGAUCUCGAACAACCACAAAACUCAAGCCAAGCACAGGAGGCCACCAGGGCAGAGCUGAUGACCACCAGGGUGGAGCUGAUGGAACUUAAGACCUCCAAGGUGGAGCAGGCGCUGCUAAGGAUCACCUCAGGGCAGCUAAUGGUGCAGGGGACUACCAAGAUAGCUCUGGCUGAGCAGAUGUCCACCAAAGUUGAGCAGAUAAGGACAGGCAGACAGUUCAUAGGCGAACUUUGGGGUCACUACAUGGCAGGCAAAGAGUUUAGAGAUGGCAUCUUUGGCUGUGACAGGACAGGUGAAGAGCUCAGAGACAGCUUCAUUGGCCGUGACAGGGAAAGCAGAGACUCAGAGACGGCCUCCUUGGCCGAAACAAACAAGCAAAGAGUUCAGGGACGGCCUCCAUGGCCGAGACAGGGCAAGCAGAGCGUUCAAGAGGGAUUUCAAAGGUCGAAACAGAUUCACGGACUGAAGCGACCUCUGAAGUGGAUUUAUGGAAUGGAGCAGGCUCCGGAGUGGACUUAUGGACUCGAGUGA